ACCUGUAUCAAGGGUCAUCGUUCGACAACAUGUAAUCAUGGUGAACGUCCCUUGCAUGAGAUCAAAAAGAAAGGUCGCCCUUCCACCCAAUGUCCUCACUGCAAAGAAUUACGCAAGGCAAAACAUGUCAGUGCCCGCUGUAUAUGUGGCCGAGAGGAAGGUAUGUUUGCCGGCUUUUAA